AUUUAACUUAACACUGCUGCAGAGCCGUGACAAGACUCAUUUGAAAAUGGAAACCAGUUCAAAAGACGAAAAGUCAAGCAGACGUGAUGAGCUUGUCCAUCGUGGUGGACGAUUUGAGUUGACAAUCGAUAUCGAUCCUAAGUUUUAUGGACGCAUAAUCGGAGCACAGGGCAACACGAAACGGAAAAUAGAGCAGGAAUUUAACACUCAAAUUUUAGUGCCUGCUAGAGGCUCACUUACUACAGCCGUGAUUGUGAAAGGAGACACCGAAGAUGAUGUAAUAUCGACUGUGCAACGUCUGAAGCAGUUUACGAAAUCCGACUCAAGAUUUGGUGGUGUGAACCGUCGUCGACCGAACAUUCCGAGACAAAAGUUUACGCAUUUCCUUUCAAUAUCCUUCGCAACCGACGAAAUCAAACGGAAUUUUGCUGUAUUCAGCGAUGAGAUCCGAAGCAAUCCAAAAACCAGGCAUUUACAUGAGUCGAUGAUACAGAGACCGGAGAAACUCCAUAUCACCAUUUCCAUGUUGGUUCUUGACCAUGGCGACAAAGAUGAGACAUUUGCUUUAGAUUGUCUGGACAAGUGUAAGGCUACAAUCAUCGAUCCAAUUCUACAAGAUCAACCGUUAGUACUGACAGCUGCUGGAGUUGAGAUAUUUUCCGACUGUGAGCCGAGCGCAGUCAAUGUUGUAUUCGCUAAGGUGGUCUCCGCACCGCUUCAGGAAAUCGCCAACAAAAUGGCACGCUUCUUCGAAAGUUGUGGACUGGUUAAGCAGGAAAGGGAAUCGAUCGCAUUGCAUUUGACGUUGCUCAAUACGUACCUGUACCAGGGUGAGGAAGAUGGGAAAGAGGAAGACAUACAGAGGUGUCAAGCUAUUAAGAGGCAAACAUUCGAUGCGACCUCAAUUCUCGAAAGACAUAAAGAUUGUCAUUUUGGAACGGUGAGAGUUGAACAGAUUCAUUUAUGUAGACUGGGUACCGUGACGGCAGAUGGCUACUACGAGUCUGCCGGUUUUUUGCAGAUUGAAUGACCAAUUCGUAUUAAUCGAAUCCAGUGACCGUUGAAGAGGUUGAAAAGUUUGACGACUUGGAAUGAGGUAUGUGAGCCCCCGACUUUUAAAUGUUAGAUUUUUUUUUGCAAUAAACAUUGUUGAAGCAUUCAAAUAA